CACGCUGGAUCAUAUAUAAUUAAGAGGUUAUAAUUUAUGAUAAUAAAGUUAUUAAUUAUAUAUAAAAUUAAUAAAAUAAGUUUAUAAAAUGCCUCCAAAAGUAAAUACAUGGAUAACCUGGACCAUACAAGAGUUAAAUGAAUUAAUAAAGAAAGAAAAUUCAUGUGUUUUUAAAGAAACAUUGCAGAGACACGUUUCUCUGCACCCAAUCCAUUUGAAUGAUACUAAAAAAGCCUUAAAAGAUAUUUUGAAUUCAUCAAUAAAUACUUUUGACACUGAAUUCAAUGGGCUGUUGAUUGCUUACAAAAAUCCUAAACUGUUAUGUCCACUGGGAUUCAUAAAUUACGAUAAUUAUUUCAUCCACAUGAACGUCCAAGCAGACUUUUAUAUAUUUCGUCCUGCUGUUGGAAGUGUUCUUACAGGUGUCGUUAAUAAGAAGGAAGAGAAUUACAUUGGAGUUCUAGUUCACAAAGCUUUCAAUGUGUCCAUCACGAAGCGCAUGAAAGAUGACUCAUGGCAAGGACACUACCUAGAAGUUGGCCAAGAAGCGACAUUUACUGUCACCCAGGUCGAUUUACGAGCCAGAGUUCCUUUUAUACGAGGCAAAUUGUUAAUAGAAGAUACUGUUGAUGGAAAUAAUGAAGAGAUUGAUGGAGAUGAAGAUAUUGAUGAAAACGUUGAAAAUAAUUUAAAUGAAGAAGUUGAAGAAAAUGAACAUGAUGCAGGACAUCAUGAAGCUGAGGAAAGUCAGGUUGAAAGCUCAAAAUCUAAAGCGUAUCCUAGUUUUCUUGGUGCUUUUGACAGCAGUGAUUCCGAGGAUGAACGAGUGCGUAAAGCCAAGAAAAAAGGGAAGAAAAGAAAGAAGAAUGAUGAUGACGAUGAAAUUUCACAGGCAGACGAUAGUGGAAUGCAGGAAUUACCUGAUCAGUUUGCGUCUGAUGUUUCUCAAAAGAGAAAGCAUGAUGAUCAGAAUGACAGUUAUGAGUCUAAGAAUAAAUCCAAGCGAUUGAAAGUUAAUAAAUCUGUAGAAGAAGAAGAUAAAGAGGAAGAGGAAGAAGAAGUAGAAGAUGCUGAUGAAGGUAGUGAUGAAAUUCCUCCAAGUCAAUUAUCAGUUAGUCCAGUUGGAUCCUCAGUUAUCAAUCAUGAUGAAUCAUCAAUUUCUAGUAGUGAUAAUAAACCGAGAAUUAUUCAUGAUGAAGUAUUACUUGGAAAAAGUCUCAAUUUCAAGGUUGAUAAAAAUAUUGAAAAGAAAAGUAAGCAGAAGAAAUUGCCGGCUCAUAAUAUGUCUGAGAGUGACGAAGAUCGAUUGUCGCAAUCGCAGUCGCAGUCGAGUAAAUUUGAUAGUCACGAAGAGCAGGAGAAGGAUUUACCGGCUCCAGUAAAAACUAGCAAAAGUAUUCCCCAUGAUAUUUUAAUGAAACAUGUCGAUGAGACUAUUGAUGAAGUAAUUAAAAAUUCUCUAUUAUUCGAGAGUCCAGACCCUGAAGAAGAAUCUGAUUUAUUUUCUUCGAAUGAAAAAAUAAAUUCGAAAGAAAACAAAGUAAAGUCUAAGAAGACUAAAAAACCUGAACCCCUUGGUAACUCAACUGUUAUUGAGCGGCGAUCGGAUUCAUCUGCUGAAGAUACUUCUCAAAUACAAGAGCCAAUAAGUCCUGUUAAAAAAACAAAAAAAUCAAAACCUAAAGAAUUCGCCGAACCUCAGGUGCCGUCAUCACAGUCGUCGAACAAACAGGUCAUAUUAUCCAAUGAAAGUGACUCGUCAUUAGCUACACAAAUUAAAACUAAAAAACCUAAGAAGUCUAAAAAAUCUAAGGAUAGAGAUGCUGAGAUUAAUAGUAGUGUAUCCAAUUCUUUACACGAUGAAGAAUCUGAGCUACAUCCGAGUAUUAUUAAGAUUAAGCAGGAACCUAAAGAAAAGAAGUCUGAUAGGUACAAUGGGAUUGUUGAACCAGAACCCGUUGGCACUCCGAUGGUUAAUGGAUCCCAGCUAGACUCGUCUGGAGAUUCUUCUCAAACACACGAGUCAGCAGCGAAAACAAAAAAAUCGAAGAAGUCUAGUAAAAAACGCGUUGAAGAAGAAAAUCAUAAAGAACGAGAUGCACCAGCAGAUGUAGAACAGAAUACUAUUGAAGAAUCAGCAAACAUUCCUAAAAAUAGUAUGAUUAUUGGUAAUUAUUCAGAUAGUGAUGAUGAUUUGCCCAAUCAAUCAAGAUUCUCGUCUCCUGUAAAGGUUGAGAAGAAUAUUGUACAGAAGCAUGUUGAUGAGACCAUCAAUGAAGUUGUAAAGAAAUCGAAGAAGUCGAAAAAAUCUAAAGACUCUCAAGUGAAUGACGAAUCGAAUUCUUUACUUGAAGACUAUUCCGAUCUACUUCCGCGUGUUAGUGUUAAACAAGAACCCAAAGGGAAGAAAUCUGAUAAGAAUAAUAAAGUUGUUGAACCUGAGCCCGUUGAAACUCCAAUGGUCAAUGGAUCACAGCCAGACUCAUCUGAAGAUCCGUCUCGAAUGGACGAGUCAGCAACUAAUUCUGCUGAAACUAAAACUAAAAAAUCAAAGAAGUCUAGUAAAAAACGCGUUGAAGAACAAGAUAGACCAGCAGAGGUAGGACAGAGCUUUGUUGAGAAUCCUGCAAUAAGAAAGACAGCAAAUAUUCCUAAAAAUAGCAUGAUAGUUGGUGAUUACUCGGACAGUGAUGAUGAUUUGCCCAAUCGAUCUAGAUUCUUGUCUCCUGUAAAGGUUGAGAAGAAUAUUGUACAGAAGCAUGUUGAUGAGACCAUCAGUGAAGUUGUAAAGAAACCGAAGAAGUCCAAAAAAUCUAAAGACUCUCAAGUGAAUGACGAAUUGAAUUCUUCAGUUGAAGACUAUUCCAAUCUACUUCCGCGUGUUAGUAUUAAACAAGAACCUAAAGGGAAGAAAUCUGAUAAGAAUAAUAAAGUUGUUGAACCUGAACCCGUUGAAACUCCGAUGGUCAAUGGGUCACAGCCAGACUCAUCUGAUUCUUCUCAAACGCACGAGCCAGCACCUAAAUCUGCUGAAGCUAAAGUUAAAAAAUCAAAGAAGUCUAAUAAAAAACGCGUUGAAGAAAAUGAAGAACAAGAUAGACCAGCAGAUGUAGAACAGAGAACUGUCGAAAAGUCAGCAAAUAUUCACAAAAAUAGUAUAAUAAUUGGUGAUUAUUCAGACAGUGAUGAUGAUCUGCCGAAUCAGUCAAGAUUAUUCGCUUCUGUUAAGGUUGAGAAGAAUACUGUAGGAAAACAUACUGAAGAAACUAUCAAUGAAGUAGCUACGAAACCGAAGAAGUCGAAAAAAUCUAAAGACAAAGACUCUCAUUCUGCUGUCAACUCGUCUGUUGAUGAAUCAGAGUUUAAUUCAAUCAAUGACUCGGAGAUUGCAGCAGACACGAGCAGAAUUAAACAGGAAUCAAAAAAAAAGAAAGCAAAGAAAAUUUCUAACGGUAUUGAGAAUCCAAUUGGUAACUCAACCAUCAACGAAUCUCAAUUGGAUUCAUUUAUUGACGCUGAUGAAAGUGUUUUGAAUUCGUCGUGUGAACAGGAGACUUUACUGCACUCCAGUGUCGCUAGAAUUAAAGAAGAACCCAAAGGAAAAAAAACAAAAUCUAAAACUAUAGUUGAGGCUGACCCUCUUGGGAACUCUACGAUCAAUGAAUCACAGCUGGAUUCUUCUAGGGUACAGGAGCCAGUUGUGAGUCCUGUUGACAUUGGAGCCAAAAAAUCUACAGACCGAGAAUUUGUUAAACCUCAAGUGCCAUCAUCGUCUAAAUCGUCGCACAAAGGAAGCACGUCAGAAGAAAACGAUUCGUCGACGGGUAAAAAAAAUAAAACAAAGAAAUCAAGUUUCUUUGUGGACUUGAAGAUCAAAGAAGAACCAGCUUCGGAUGUUGAAGGCUCCAGCAAAAAGUCGAAAUCGAAACAUAAGGACAUGAACAAGGAACAAGAGACAGUCAAAACAAAUAAUGUUAGUAGUAAAAUGAAUGUAAAAGAGGAAGUAAUUGUCAAGCAAGAAGAUAAAAAAUCAGGUAAAAGAAAACGUAAAGAUACUCAUAAUUUGAGUAACGUUAAAGACGAAGCAGCUUCAGACGUCGAAGGUCCUGCUGCUAAGAAAAAAAUAAAAUUAAUAUUUACUGAGUAAUGUUAAUUAUUUUCAGUUUUUAUGUCGUUAAUUAAUUAUACUGAUCAUAGCUAGCUUGAUAAAUCCUAUAAAUAUAUGUAGAUAUAUUAAUGUAAAUAUUUUCUUCUUGUUCACUAACAUACAUGACUAUCAGUGAGUACAGUGUUAUUAUAAUUUUAUUAGUAAUUAAUAUAAAUAAUAUAUGUGACGCUGUAUAAAAAUAAUUGUUUUAAAAUGAAU